GCGCUGCCCGUUCUCUGGCUUACAGCCCAGCAGAGCUGGGUGAUGCUGCAGGCACCCAGGGCACUGCUUUCACAGGUGAAGGUGGCUCACUCCAUGCAGCCCACUCAUAGAGAAGAGGUGGCCUGUGUGCUCCUCUUCCUGUGGGCACAUGAACACCUUCUACAUCUGAACUCUCUGAGGACAGCACGGAGUUCAGCUAGAGCCCCAGCCUGCCUACAUCUCACCUGCUCCCUCCUCUGGCUUCAUCCACCUGGGCAUGGAGGACUGUGCGUGGGUGUGACAGUGCUGCUGGAACUUCAGCAAAAGCAGGAAAUAUUCAGAGGCUGGUUGUUCUCCAGGUUGCAGGGACAGGCUGCAGAAAGCAGGUCAAAGGGGAAGUGGUGCACAGGCUGCUGGCUGAGCUGACGCAAUGUUUGCCCUGAUGUUCCAGCAGCUAUAAAUUGUGCUGCCAGCUCCACUUUGCCAGGCUCAGCUCCUGCAGAGGAGCAGGGAGAGGAUUUUUACCUGCUCUGAGCUCCCUACCUGGCUCAGGCGUGAGAGGAGCAGGUGAGAAACAGGCAGGAGAAGGCAGUGUCCCGGACCAGCAUGGCAUCUCUGCUGGACAGCAUAACCAGAUCUUCUGCCACCGUCCUGCAGCUGUCUGCGCUGCUUGGUGUAACCUUUGUGCUGCUGAAGGUGCUCCAGUUGUACUGGGAGAGAAAGAAGAUCGUCAAAGCUCUGGAGGCAUUUCCUGGGCCCCCAAAACACUGGCUCUAUGGCCACAAUCACCUGUUAAAAUCUGAAAAUUUUUUACACCAAGUAGUAUCAUGGGGAGAAGAAUAUCCCUAUGCCUUUCCCAGAUGGCUUGGACCAGUCCUGCCAACUAUAAUCAUUCACCAUCCUGAAUAUGCCAAAAUCAUACUUGGCCGAGCAGAUCCCAAGGCUAGUGCAGUCUACAAACUCCUAGUUCCCUGGAUUGGGAAGGGGCUGCUGAUCUUGGAAGGAAGCAAAUGGUUCCAGCACAGGAAGAUGCUCACCCCAGCCUUUCAUUAUGAUGUGCUGAAAUCUUACGUGACCCUGAUGUCAGACUCAGUCAAAGUGAUGCUGGAUAAAUGGGACAAGAGAAUCACAGAGAGGAGGUCACUGGAGCUCUUUCAGGAUGUCAGCUUGAUGACACUAGACAGCAUCAUGAAAUGUGCCUUCAGUUUCAAUUCCAGCUGCCAGACUCUGAGGUCAGCACCUGACAACUCCCACUAUUAUAUUAGAGCUGUAUUUGACUUGAGCUACCUCCUGACCAAUAGGAUCCGGAAUUUUUCCUUCAAGGAUGUCUUCUACAACUUCACUCCCAGUGGCCACGCAUUUCAGGAUGCCUGCAAGCUGGCCCAUACCCACACAGAUCAGGUAAUAAAGGAAAGAAAGAUGUUGCUCUCCAAUGAGAAGGAGCUUGAAAAGAUCCAGAAGAAGAAGCACCUGGAUUUUCUGGACAUUCUUCUUUGUAGCAAGGAUGAGAAUGGAGUUGGACUGUCUGAUGAGGACCUGCGUGCUGAGGUGGACACCUUCAUGUUUGAGGGUCAUGAUACUGUGGCCAGUGGGCUCUCCUGGCUCUUCUACUGCAUGUCACUGCACCCUGAGCACCAGCAGAGGUGCAGGGAGGAGAUCCAGGGCAUCCUGGGAGACCGAGACACCAUUGAGUGGGAGGAUCUUGGGAAGAUGACCUACACCACGAUGUGCAUCAAAGAGAGCUUACGCCUGUUCCCACCAGUUGCUGGUGUGUCCCGAGAGCUCUCCAAACCCGUGACAUUUCCUGAUGGACGCAGCUUGCCAGAAGGCUGCCAUGUUGCAUUGAGCAUAUUUGCUAUUCACAGGAACCGGGAAGUGUGGGAGGACCCUGAGGUUUAUAAUCCCCUGAGGUUUUCUCCAGAGAACUCAGCACAGAGGCACUCCCAUGCUUUCCUGCCUUUCUCUGCUGGAUCCAGGAACUGCAUCGGGCAGCAGUUUGCCAUGAAUGAGAUGAAGGUGGCCCUGGCCUUGACCCUGAAGCGCUUCGAGCUCUACCCAGACCCAUCCAAGCUUCCCAUAAUGAUACCACAGAUCAUCCUCAGGUCCAGCAACGGGAUACACCUGCAUUUGAAGAAGAUUUUCUGAUCCCACAGGGAUCAGAGCUCUCCCAAGGGACACCCUUCACCCACAGGUUUAAGAGAGGAUCACCAAACAGACCCACAGUGGACCUCUCGCAUAUUAUCCCCUGUCCUACUGUCAUCCGGAGGGGAUUGCUGAGCCCACAAACACCAAA